AUGACUAGAGCGCCUGAACUGCUGAUGGGUGCCACGCGCUACGGCACAGCGAUUGAUAUUUGGUCACUGGGUUGUGGUACGGAUGGGAAUCGAGAGUAA